AUGAAGAGAUAUUCAACAAAGCAUUUUAAACGCAUUCUCAUUGCUAAUAACGUUAACAUCGACAUUGACCUGAAAACUGGAAUCGUUGCUAAGAAUAUGGCUAAGAAAGAGAAGAUCGAGCAAGUGAUUUCAAUGGGUGGAAUAAUGUGGGAAGGUCUCAAUUCGAGUUUAAUCAAAGUCGAUGAAGCUUUGCUUAAGCAGCAGAUCUGA